AUGGAACUGACUGACUUGAUUGAACAUGGCAACAUACAGGUAAAUAAUGUGUGGUAUUUGGGCACUGUUUGGAAUAAGCGAGGAUGUGUGUCCAAUAUGUACGGAUGGAUUUGUGGCUAUCCGCCACCGCGGACCCGAUGCCUGGCGCUUCGAGGCCGAUGCUCGAGAACCGAAAGCAAUUUUUGGCUUUCGGAGACUCGCUAUCGUUGA